GUCUCUGCUCAGGAGAGAAGGCAGAGAGUCAAAGGUUUUUGCCUGCAGAAAGCUGACUUUUCAUUUUGCAGACUUUUUGACCCUCUGGAAGAAGGCCUGGGCAGUUGGCAUUACAAUUAUUGACUUCGAUAACACUUCUAUACCAGAGGUGUUAAAAGGCCAGUGACGCUGCAUGAAGAGACACAGAUUCUUUUUGGAAAGGUCUUUGAUACAAUAGACCAUGCACACCAUUUGGAUCUUGCUGCUUGCUUCUAUGGCCUUCUUCACCCUGGCCAGUGCUAAGAAAGGCCUUGAAUUCCCCCGUUAUGAUGGCGAAGACCGUGUCCUGGACAUAGAUGAUAAGAACUACCGCAAAGCUCUGAAGAAAUACGACAUGCUGUGUCUGUUCUACCAUGCUCCACCACCGGCUGCCAAAGAGCUUCAGAAACAGUUGCAUUUGACCGAACUAGUGCUGGAGCUAGCUGCUCAAGUCUUGGAGGAAAAGGAUAUUGGCUUUGGAAUGGUUGACUCCCAGAAAGAUGCAAAGGUUGCCAAGAAACUAGGUUUACAUGAGGAGGGCAGCGUCUAUAUCUUUAAGGAUGACCGUGUGAUUGAAUUUGAUGGACUUCCAUCUGCUGACACUCUUGUGGAAUUCCUUUUGGAUCUGUUGGAAGAUCCAGUUGAGAUCAUUGACAAUGCUCUGGAGUUACGAGCUUUUGACCGUAUGGAAGAAGACAUCAAACUCAUUGGCUUUUUCAAGAGUCAAGAGUCUGAACAUUAUCUUGCUUUCCAAGAGGCAGCUGAACAGUUUCAGCCUUUUAUCAAAUUUUUUGCCACCUUUGAGAAAUCUGUUGCUAAAGAGCUGACUCUGAAGAUGAAUGAGGUGGACUUCUAUGAGCCCUUCAUGGAGGAACCAGUAACCAUUCCAGACAAACCCCACUCAGAGGAAGAGCUGGUGGCCUUCAUAUCUGAACACAGGAGACCAACUCUAAGAAAGCUUAAGGCAGAGGACAUGUUUGAGACCUGGGAGGAUGAUUUAAACGGCAUUCACAUUGUAGCGUUUGCUGAAGAGGAGGACCCUGAUGGCUUUGAAUUCUUGGAGAUUUUGAAGGAAGUCGCCAGAGACAACACACACAAUCCAGACCUGAGCAUUGUGUGGAUCGACCCAGACAACUUCCCAUUGCUCAUUCCUUACUGGGAGAUGACCUUCAAGGUUGAUCUCUUUAGACCACAGAUUGGUGUGGUUAAUGUUACAGAUGCGGACAGUGUGUGGUUAGAGAUACCCAAUGAUGACGAGCUGCCGUCAGCCGAAGAACUGGAAAACUGGAUAGAAGAUGUCCUUUCUGGAACUGUAAACACAGAAGAUGAUGAUGAUGAUGAUGAUGACGAUGAUGAUGAUGAUGAUGACGAUGAUGACAAUGAUGAUGAUGAUGACGAUGAUGAUGAUGACGAUGAUGAUGAUGAUGAAUAACUCGUACACUGUGAAAAGAUGAGAGUAGCAUUUCUUGUUUUUCCGAGCUAAAUCAUUUUGUGCAUUUUGUACAUCUGUGGAUAAGCUGCAUAGUGUUCGUGUUAAAUUGAAAUGAUACAAGUGAAAAAAGCUUUGUUUGUUCAGGUAAAAGUCAUGAAUUUGAAUCACCUUUAAACUUGAAACUGAUAAAUUCAUUCAAAUGUGAUUCUGCGGUGUCAUUUUGGAAAGAUACUCUGUAGUGUCAUUGAUGGUUCCUUAAAGAAACUCUAAAGGUCGGUGCCAGUGGUUAGUGGGUCGACACAUGCACUCUGGUGCUCACGGCAACCCGAGUUCGAUUCAGGCCUCGCGGUCCUGUGCCGAUCCUUCCCCCCUCUCUGCUCCCCAUGCUUUCCUAUAAAUACUCUCUACUGUCCUAUCGAAUAAAGGCAAAAACCCAAAAAAAUAAUUAUAAAAAAAAGAAACUUUAAAGUUAAUGGGUUAGCUUAUCCAAAAAUAUAAUUAUGUUAACUACACACUCCCAUGUUAUUUGAUACCUCUGAGACCUUUGUUCGUCUUCUGGAACACAAAUUAUUUUAGGUAAUAUCUGAGAGCUCCCUCAUCCUCCACUUACAACUACCAUAUGACUUCAGUGGUUUAUCAGAAUGCACCUAAAACAAAAUUACAUUUAUUCAACAGUUUCUUCUCCUCGGUAUAUAGUGCACAUUCAUGAGUACUCUGCAGUGACAUUUGGCCCCAAAUACUGGGGCACAAUUUCCUCUAUUUAAAACACAGGCAUGUACAGUACAUAGAAAUCCGGUAUUACAUCAGAGGUGUCACCAUGAGAGAUGCUAUAAGCGCACAAAUGUAUUUUUGUAGCUUGAUGUUCUCAUUAAAUCACUGAUGGCAUAUUGCCUGUAUUUUCUUUAUUUUUUAUUUUUUAAUGAUCUCCACACAAGAUAACUUCUUUUCUACUGUAGUGCCCUGUCCAACAGGAAAAAGACUGGGGUCUAUUCAUAAAACUUCAUUAUUGUUUCACUCAGUCUCUUAUCUACACAGUACCACUGUCUGUGAAGAAGUAUCAUUGCCUUUACUGAAGAUGGACUUCAUGUACAUGUUCAUUGCAUUCUUCUGUGACCCUAGCGUAUCAUAUUUUAAUAUUUAGUGUAUUUAGUGUACACCCCCACAUACAAAUGUGGCAUAUAUAUUUUACAGUUUUAACCAAGAUUUCCCAUUUUCCAUGUGGACGCAGACAUUUCUUAAUAUGCAGAAAACAUGAUUAUUGCCAUGUGCACAUACAGUAGCCUAAUUAAUUCACAACAAUAAAACUUAUUAGCCCUCCUGU